AUGACGCGUCGAAGCCACCACGCCCCGCCGCCGUCCCCCCGCAUUACGACGCCUACGAGGAGCGCCGCCUCGCCGAGGAGGUGCUCUACCUGCACUCCCUCUGGGUGCCGCCCCACCCGCGCUCGCCCCACCCAACGGAAGCGCCGCAGGAUUCAGCGCCCCGCCGCGGAGCCCGAGGGACCCGGCGCCGACUGGCCCCUCGCGCCCGCCUCCCCGUCCCCCGCAUCCUGGCCCGAGGCCGCCCCCUCCUCCCCCGCGCCCAGGCCGCCACCAAAGCCGCAGCCUUCCCCUGCCUCGCUCGCGCAGCGGGACGCCCUCCGCGCCGUCGAGGAGUUCUUCUCCGGGCGCGGCUCCUCGGACGAGGACGGCGAGGAUGAGGGCUCCGAGCCAGAGGACGGAGGGGACGCGACAACGGGGUUCUUCCUCGGCCUGUUCAAGCGGGAUGCUGCGCUACGGAGUACUACGAGCGGAGCCACGAGGAGGGCAUCAACCUCGUGCACCACGCCCGCGACGCCAAGCACUGCGGGAGGCUGCUGGCGCACCGCGCGCUCGUCGCCGUCGUCUGCCGCAUGCUCGGCUGGGACGUCAAACGGCUGCCCAGCAUCGUCAUCGAUCCCGGCGGCACGCUCGGCCAGGCCCUCCUCGUCAGGUUGUAAGAUUGCAUCACCGACCAGCGAGUUCUAUUUGCCAUGUGAUGAUAAGCAACGAAAAAUACUCAUGGAUUAA